CAAAAUUGUAAAAUUUUGGAGAAUAUUUUCGGUUGCGCUGUUUCAAAGAAGAAUAUUCACAGCCUAUCAUUUUGAUUGAUGGAUGACGAAGCCCCUGUCAUCUAUGGCUUGGAAUUUCAGGCUAGAUGUCUCACUGCACAGGCAGCAGAAACAGAGCACAUUAGAUUUUUAGUUGGCACUCAGUCACUGAGGGCAGAAAAUCAGGUACAUCACAUAGACUUUGAUGAUGAAAAUAAUUUGAUUAAUAAAAAUAUUUAUCUACAUAGAGAAGGAGAAAUAUGGCAUAUGAGUGCUUCAACAUUUGACAAGUCUUUAGUGGCAACAUGUUAUAAUAAAACUAGUGAUUCGAAAUCUGAAAUAUGUGGUGCUAUUUGGAAAUUGCCUGAUGAUUUUGAUAAUGUAUCAUCAGAUGAUCAGUCUACAUCUCAUCAACCAUUAGAAUUAUUAUGUCAUUUAGACAGGGAGGAUUGUGGAGAUUUAAAAAGUGUAUUAUGGCAUCCUAUUGGUGAGAGUGAGAAUAUUGUUGCUCUAACUGACAGUCAUAUAAUACAAUACAGUAUAGAUACAGCUUCUUCUACUGCCAAGAUGUUAAAUGCAACACCUUUGAUCGCUGGUAAAUCUCAACCAAAAUUAACUUGUGGUAGAUGGAAUCCCCACCAUAAUUGUGCUCAAAUUGCCACUGCUAAUGAUACAUAUAUUAGAGGUUGGGAUCUCAGAUCUAUGGAACAAACCUAUACUAUAGAAAAUGCCCAUGGUCAGCUAGUAAGAGAUAUAGAUUUUAAUCCUAAUAAACAAUAUUAUUUAGUUAGUUGUGGUGAUGAUUGUAGAGUUAGAUUCUGGGAUACAAGAAAUGUUGGUGAACCACUGAAAACAUUAUCAGAACAUUCACAUUGGGUUUGGUCAGUUCGUUAUAAUCAUUUUCAUGAUCAAUUAGUUUUAACAUCUAGUAGUGAUAGUCGAGUCAUAUUAAACAAUAUUUCAUCAUUAUCAUCAGAACCAUUUGGUGACUUGGCUGAGAAAGAUGAUGAAGAUGAUGAUGACAGUGUACAUGAUGAUGAAAGCCUCCCAGAAAAGUCUAGAGAACCACAAACAGAUGGUGUAAUAGCUACCUAUGAAGAACAUGAAGACAGUGUUUAUGCCGUGGAUUGGUCAACAGCUGAUCCUUGGGUGUUUGCUUCUUUAAGUUAUGAUGGUCGCUUGGUAGUUAACAGAGUCCCAAGAGCAGAAAAAUAUAAAAUACUUCUUUAGAUUAUCAUGUGCAAUAUUAUAUUAAAAUCUUGAACACAAAGAGAUCUGAAUUGGUAUCAAUACUAGAUCAAUAGUCAAAACUGACUUGAAUUGCAACCAUGAGGACCUUGAGGGCUCGGUUUAAGAUAUUUAGAACUUUGUUUAAGUUUGAUGGUCUAUGUGGGAUUUAAAGUUCAGACUAGUUUUAAUGAGAAUGAUAAAUAAAUUAGAAAAUGCGCUCAAAACUGUUUGAUACUGUUAACUUUUUGAAUAUUUUUUUUUUGCAAAUUACUAAUGGAUGAAGAAUUUAUAGCACUGCAUGGCAUUCUAGACAAGAGACACUCAAUUAAAACUAUAAGGAAGUGAGAAAAUUAAUACUUUAUCAAUGUGAUGGGACCAAAUUUAUUCCUAUAUCCAGAUUGUAUUUAUUAUCAAAUUUUGUUGUUAUUUAUAACCAACUGUUUCUGUUACUGUAUUGCCUGACAAAGAUAUUUGUGAUAAGCCAGAAUUCAAAAUAUAUACACUAGCAGUUCACAGGUAGAAUCAGCAGGUAGAAUGAAUAAUUAUUGAAACUAUACAAGAAAACUUACAAUGUGUUGAUUACUACCUAAAGUGGACUGGAUGUGUUUUUUGAAUGGCGCCUAGAUAUGUCUUAAAUAUCAUUGCUUGACUAUAAUUUAUUAACAUGUAUGUGUAUACAAAUAAAAAUUUAACUGUAU